AAAAGUAGUUUUGGUUUUAGUUUGACAACCACGCCCCCUGCUGUUGUGAAGGAACCACAGCAGCUCGAGUUAUUCUGUUUAGUGAGACUUAUUAAUGAAGAGGGGCACCAUGCAGCUGAGUCGGAUUCACCACUUCUUAAAGACUGGGACAUUUCUACUUGGAAAAACCUACAGCACAUCUCGUGCGGUGAACAUGAUGCGCGCUGUGUGGGUAGAUGAACCAGGAGGACCAGAGACUCUGCAGAUCCGGACCAUCCCCAGACCCGAGCCUGGACCUGGGGAAGUCCUGGUCCGAGUCCACUCCACGGCCCUGAACAGAGCCGACCUCCUGCAGAGGCGUGGGCGGUACCCUCCUCCCCCCGGUGAGAGUGAGAUCUUGGGUCUGGAGGUUUCUGGGACCGUGGAGGCGAUUGGACCUGGGGUGAAGUCCAGGUUUAAACCGUCAGAGCGGGUGAUGGCUCUUCUCGGUGGAGGAGGUUACGCUGAGUUUGUGAAGGUUCCUGAAGAUCUGCUCCUGCCUGUUCCUCCAAACCUCUCUCUGUCUGAAGCUGCUGCCAUCCCCGAGGCCUGGCUCACUGCCUUUCAGCUGCUGCACUUUGUAGCUCGUGUUCAGGAGGGGGAGGUGGUUCUGGUGCACGCCGGGGCGAGUGGAGUUGGUUGUGCGGCGGUGCAGCUGGUGCGUCUGUUUAAAGCGGUGCCUUUAGUGACGGCAGGAACGCAGGAAAAACUGACACUGGCCAAAUCACUGGGAGCAGCUCAAGGAUUCAACUACAGAGAAGACGACUACGUGAAGGAGGUGCACCACUUCACCGCAGGCAGAGGAGCAGACGUGAUCCUGGACUGUAUCGGAGGCUCCAGUUGGGAGCAGAAUGUCUCGUGUGUGGCGGUGGAUGGGCGCUGGGUGCUGUACGGGACACUAGGGGGCAGCACUGUCAAUGGAGAUUUACUGAAGAGACUUCUGUCCAAACGAGGCCAGCUCCUGUGCAGCCUGCUGCGCUCCAGGAGUCUGCAGUACAAGUCGUCCCUGAUCCGCUCCUUCUCUUCUCUGGUGCUCCCUCACUUCUCGGCCCCGGGGCCCCUGAGGCCGGUGAUUGACUCGGAGUUCAGUCUGGAGCGAGUGGCUGAGGCACAUUCACACAUGGAGGCCAACAAGAACAUGGGCAAAAUCAUCUUAAACAUCGUCCCUGAAGAGAAACACUGACACUGUGCUCAAACUGUGCUUCUGUCGUUAACACCUGUGACCUCUGUGGAUCACUGUUUGAGAUUUUGGACAUUUGAAAUCAUAAUAUUGAUGUUAAAGGCUCAUAUUUUUCGAUUUUCUGAUCUAUGUUAUAAUAUUUCUUCCUCUUGUCAUGGUUUAAAGGGAUAUUUCGGAUUUUUUGACAUGAAUCUGUCUGUCAUUCCCGUGAGCAGUGCCGUGGAUCAACACUGACUUAACCCCGACAGCGUCCGGUGAACUGAGAUACUGGCCGUUUUUGGUGCUGACGAAAGUAGUCCGGCAAGUUGGCUGGGGACAUUAAAAUAAAGCAUUUUUAUUCUCAAAACAA